AUGGGAUACUAUGAUAUAGAUGAUAUACUGGCGGACUCGGUGGAAAUACCAUGCAAAUUUCAGCAUGAUAUACCAGGAUUAGGAUACUUAGAGAACAAUCCGGGAAAACCAGUGAAGAAGAACGCUAAGCUUGAACUUCCGUUGUGGUUGGCUAGGAUUCUAGCCAUUAUAGAUGGAGAUACCAAUGAAGGUGAAUUAAACCAGGAUGAAGAAUCUGUUCCAUUUGUUGAACUAUUGACCCCAGAUAUGUUUUCUCCAAAGGUCAUCAACGCUAUCAAAGCAGAUCCAACGUCUUUAGAUUUGCAUGCCAUCAAUUCGUAUUUCUACGCCCUUGCACUUAAAUGGAUUUCAUUAUUCAGUGAUCGAGAGUUUGCUGAUAUAGUCACAACACUUCUUCUGGAACGAUCGCAAGCAAUAAAUAACCAUGCAAGUAGUGUUUCAGUGGAGUUCAAAAGUUCGUUAGAUUCAGUUCGAGGUACUCAGGUUACUGCAGGUGCAUCAAAUGCAGCAGCAAGUAUGUUCCUACUGACUUUAGAUGAAUUUGAGAAGAAAGUAUAUAAGAAAUCUCAUGAAUCCUAUAAAGAAACAAAAAAGUGGAUGUUUGAAAAAUAA